UCGUGACGUCACACAGGAAGUGGACAUAGGUACGUCCCUGUGGCUUGGUGGUGAGCAGUCGCUUGGAAAAUACGGACGUAAGUCAGUUUAUUGAAAGGAAAACGUCUGGUCUACUAGAGAUGUGCAAUUUUGAUAAGGACAAAGGGCCAAGGAGGCUGAUGAAAAAGGGGUUAACACUCAUCCUGGUCGGCCAUGUUAACUUCAUCCUUGGAGCUAUUGUCCAUGGCAAUGUCCUCCGCCACAUUUCCAAACCCGGCCAACAAAUCACAACAGAAUACACUGCAACCAAUGUCAUCUCUGUCACAUCUGGCCUGCUGAGCAUUGCCACUGGGAUUAUUGCCAUCGUGGUGUCAAGGAACCUUCAUGUCUUCAAACUGCAAAUAGGACUUCUAAUUGCAUCAUUCUUCAACGCCCUGCUGUCAGCAGCAUGCUGCACUGGACUCCUCUUGGCCAUCAGUAUCACUGUCGCACACAAUGGACGGGGUUUGAUGCUAGGAUGCAACGAUACAGAGGUUCCCAUUGACGCUCGGUCACCUGUCAGUGCCCAAUGCCCGUUUGAUACAACACGGAUCUAUGACACCACCCUGGCGCUGUGGAUCACUUGUUCUGUGUUGGCAGCGGUUGAGGUCGGCCUCUCUGUCUGGUGCUUCAUCGUUGGAUUGGCUCUCAGAGGGCUGCCACCCUGUGGGAACAGCUACAUCAAAGAGCAGUUGGAGGAAGAGGCCGGGUGCUCUCCCCACAGCCGACGCCUUAUUGGACGGCGCUUGAAUCCUGAUGCCUAACUGUGUUGACUAGCACAGCUAAAUCCCAAAAGGCAUUAAUGCAACUGUGUUCAGAAGAGUAGAUUUUAACCUACAGUCAGCUAGGUGAGUGUCAUUGUAUAUGUCCCUCAGGAGUGGGAUUAGUUUUAAGAAACUGGUUCUUACUUUGUAGUAUCAUAGUGCCAUGUACACUGAUGCACAGCUGGGUUACCAAAUGGCUCUAUUUGCUUUGAUUAAGUGUGGAUAUAUGUAUGUGGAAGCUACAGUAAGAUAUGAAUGAUAGUUUCCGUCUUAUCAGAAGCCAUCUAUGACUGUUUGGGUUCAGUGGACCAAAUAUGUCACACUCAGCAUGUCUUUCAAUAUGAAGAAACCUUUGUUUUUGAUGAAAGUUCAUUUUUAUAUCUAGCAAAAUAUGUUAAGUAAUUUUAGCUGAAUUUAGGUAUAUUAUAACUUGUAUGAACACUUACUGUUUGGUCAAAUACCAGAUACUAAACUAAGCUCUACUCAUCAAUCUUUAUCUACAAACAUUUUGCUUCACACUAGCUUUUCAUGUACAUUGACAAACUGUUAUGUGGGGUCAUGUUUUAUGAUGUUUUUGCUACCAAAUAGUGAUUUUUAAUACUAUGUAGAUAUAAUAUUAGGCUUUAGAUUGAAUCGGACACAUUAAAGCGCACUUCUUGAAAAUGUUUCCUAUUAUGAGAUACGAAGGUAACAGCAGUCAUAUUCAUAAUGUUGUUGUUGCAGCCUUGUCCUAGAAUUUCAUUUAAAAAAUGCUUCUGAAAGAAAAAGAUUUUAAAGGCUUUGUGAAAAUUUAGGGCUGAAAAGCUGCAGGGGAUUAAAUCAAAAAGUAUUUUUAAGAUUUUUAAAUAAUUAUUUUUCUUUGUCGCUUUUGCCUCUAAUGAGACAUUUGAAUUGAUGAAAUGACAAGAGAAUUGAAGGCUGGCAAAAUCAAAUCUUUUUCUGUGUUUGUCCCCAGAAGGUUUCAUCUUUGACAAUUCAUACAUCUCAGAAAGCUAAAAGACAGCGUUAUGAUGAUAUUGAGAAUAUAUUUAACUGUCUGAAUUGAAAGCCGUGGAUGAUUGGAUGGAUUGAGUACAUUUGUGUACAUGCAGAAUACUGUUGGUGAAUGUCAAGUGGGUCCAUAUUAAGAGGUUAAACCAGUAUGUGGGCCAGCAGCCUCAGCUGCUGCAGACCCCCCACUUCUCAACAACAGAGAAGAUCAGAUCAGAUCAGCCAUGAAACGGUUAAUCUAGUGCCGUGCUCAAUCGUGUGGAAGGGAAUCAUAGCACAGAGUCCUAAUCCUGAGGCUGUAAGGGAUAAAUAUUGACAUAGUGUUGACUGAUACAAUCACAACAAAUCUGUGUGGUUGUUUCCAUCAGUAGGACAUUGAUGCCCCACUGUAGACUGUAGAAAUUAGUAUUUGAAAUCACAAGAUGAGUAUUAGUUUUGCAGAGAAUUUGCAGAAACUGUCUUUUUUGAAACGUUUGAGUGCGUUAUCAGUUAAAUUUUAGGGAUAGUGUUUGAUGUUAAGUAAUGGAUGUCCUAUAUCUGAGGGUUAUUUAGUACAUUUGUAAAUUUACCACAAUUCUUUUUUUUUUCAAUUUUAAAAAACUUAAAAUAAUGACUUUGAUUAUCAGUGAUUUAAAAAAUGAGCUUGUUCAUUUUUUCUUGAAAUUGAUUUGAAUUGAAAACCUAUUUACACUCCUUUAAUUAUGGUUGACUCCCUUUCUCUGCCCUCGGUUACAAAAUGUAAAAUAAAAUGUGUCAACAGUCUAUAUACUCAAAUACAUCAAUACAUUAAUGCUCCACAUAUUAGCAGACUGUGUGUAGAAGAUGUGUUUCUUACAACUGCACUGACUGAAGUAUUUUGCUGUCUUAAUGUACGUUUGUCAGGUUAAAUGAAUAAUCUAAAACUUUUGGUGCUUGUAUUGUUGUUUCCAAAUGAGAAAUUCACUCAUUUUCCCCCUAAAUCAGCCAAGUUGUAACUUGAUAACAGCUGUUAAAUACUACCUGCUUUAAAAAAGACAAAAGGUGCUGCACAUAUCAUUAUUUACUUUGUUUUUUAAUAGCAUAUACAUUUGUUGUAUGAUUUUAAUAAAGAUUUUUAAUAAUGCUA